AGACGACACACUCCUUUUUAGCAGUCGCAACUUGCCUAGCAACGGACUGCGGUCUUUUGAAAAACGGCCUCUGUUGCCUGGCAACCAGUUGAAUAAACCUUCAUGACCCUGUGUUCGCAAUACUAAGCGAACAGACUCCUGGGUUGCGUCAGACUGAGUUGCGGUUCUAUGCUAUUAGUUUCUUAUAGGUAUCUUGAUUAGAACCUUGCGUUGAAAUAGUGCAAUUUGGAGAGCAUUACGGUUCAUUUCCAUUUUAAGAGAUGUAUCAUCUCUCCUCUAGGACGGUUCUCAGUAGAUUGGUUGCUGGCCUGCACUAUCCCUCAGCACACCAUGGAAACCUCCUAUCAUCACAUGCUGGUAAAAGGUGCCUGCAGACCGGGCUGGGCCACACCGCCGCGCCCGAGGGCCGCCGGCCCGUCACCCGACUGCAAAAGUACGUGUUCGGACGGUAUGUAGAGUACCUCCAGCGCUUCCAGAGAGCGCUGGAAAACGAGUUCCCGACCGCCUUUCGACUCUACCGCGUCUUCUCGGUCGGCGUCAAGGACUUCGCACGCGAUGUCAAGUCGUUCGCGCUUCUGGCGCGGAAGGUUCACGGCCUGGGUCUGCGCAGCCUGAGUCGGCGCGAGCUGGAGCUCUACUUUCAGAUGCCGCGUGAUAUGCGUGCCGUGGCGCCUGUCCUGCUCGUGGCGGCCCUGCCGCUGGCGCAGAACGUCGUCUUUCCGUUAGCGUACUUGUUCCCGCGUCAGCUGCUAUGUCGACACUUCUGGUCCCUGCAGCAGCGGUCCGACUUUGCCCUGUACGAGCACAAGCGGAGGCUGGCCCACCACCUGUCUGCCUUUCGCCACCUUCAGGCCAGACGCCACCUGGUGACUCCCGAGUCGGCGCGGCUCUCCCUGAAGCACGUGUUCACACUGCUCGGCUCGGGCCAGGUGCCGUGCUCGGCCGAUAUCCUUGCGCUACGACCUAUCUUCGAGGGAGGCCCGUUCAGCCUGGAGCGGCUCAGUGCCGUGCAGGUGCGCCGGCUGCUGAAGCUGCACGGUCUGGGUGUGCUCACCGUUCUGCGGCGCCGGCGACUGCGGGAGCACGGCGAACUGCUGCGACACAUGGACCGGGCCAUGCUGGCCGAGGGAGUGACUGCCAUGUCACAGGAGGAGCUCUACUAUGCGUGUUUCCUGCGCGGCCUGAACCCGCAGAACCUGCCGCACGAGCAGCUGGCCUGGUGGCUGAGCGAGUGGGCCACCGUGUCGUCGUCCAUAGAGCCGGCGGCCGUCUCCCUGCUGUUGCACUGUCCGCUGCUGCUCGGCUACAACCAGCCCACCAACUGGCAGCUGCGCUACUGAGUCGACGGGUGUGUCUAACGGACGCGGAGAGGCGCCGCUGCACCGUCACCGCUCUGCCAGAUCUUUCCGACUGGCUGGCUCAGGUAUCGAUCAAUGGAAGAUAACGCUGGUGAUUUGGUCCAACUCGCCUUCAGUUCCAACUUCCACGGGUAACUAAAAUAGGCGCGGUAACCGGCAGCGAAUACCGGCAUCUGAGUUGUUUCGAAUAACACGGUAGUUGAAAUACGAUCUCCAGUGCAAUUUUCAUGUGUGAUGUGGAAGCGAAAUCAAAGAAUCUUUCGCGAAUUCGAGGUACCUAGGCAUUUCACUCUUCGUCGUUAUUGAAAUUUAUUGUGGACAUGAGGCUGUAAUGGGUGCAUUCAGAUAAGAUAUGGUUGUUAAUGCAGUAACGAAAUCAGCGGCACUUCUUAUAAUGUCACGCACCACAUGCGCACGACUCAUUACGCUUGAAAUAUGCCAUACCGAAAAACGAGUAAUCACGAGUGUCUUUGUGAUAUAUGAAAUAAUUGUUGCCCAUUUGUAUCUAAAGCUUUCAUGCCUAAAAUUGAUGGCAUGGAGGUCUUAAACGCUGAAAGAAAUGUUAUGACUUUCGUUCAAAUGAUAACAAAAGCAUGAUUCGUUAUUUGUUGAGGCUGCGCGAGAUGAGGCUUUUAAGUUUUAUUUUUGAAUUUCGACAGACAAUGCUCUGUUUGCACUAAAAUGUGUCGUGUACGAAAACGAGUUGCAAGUUUACCGUGGAGUUUCACGUGUAAUAACUGUCGCUCAAAGAUAUCUGAAUAUGUGUCAGUGAUCUGCAAGCGGGCCGAGUACUUCGAACAGAUAUUGCUAUUUAUCAAAUGAAGUCAGGCUAGGGCUACAGGCCAUAGGUUCUUAGGAACCACAUUGUGGAUGAUGAGUGUAGCAUGAUCGCUUGCCAAAUGCACCGCCAACAUUUCAUUUCAGCGAUAAGUCAGUGGCCCUGUUCAACGCAUUUUCAGCUCAGCGUAGGCUAGCAUUAUGCUGCUAUGAUAUGUGCAAUUGAAAUCGUGUAGGAGUAUCCGAUAACAUGCUGUGAUGGCUUACUUGCGAGUGUUAUUGAAUGUCAUGAGAGAUCUUGAGUAGUUCGAUGAUUGUUCAUUCGGCUACUCAUAUCUAGGAAAUGUGAUACUGUGCCUUUACAAGUGUUGGCUAGGCAUAAUAUAUGUUCGAAUAUA